AUGGAAAAGAAGCUUGUUGCUGAGAUAAAGAGAACUGCUAAAACAGGAAAUGAGGCAGCAACAAAGAUUUUAGCACGCCAAUUGGUGAGGCUUAGACAGCAAAUAGCCAACCUACAAAGUAGUCGAGCUCAAAUGAGGGGCAUAGCAACACAUACACAGGCAUUAGCUGCGCAUUCUUCUGUGGCUGUUGGGAUGAAAGGUGCUACCAAGGCAAUGGCAGCAAUGAAUAAGGAAAUGGCUCCUGCAAAGCAAAUGAAAGUGAUGCAAGAUUUCCAGAAGCAAUCUGCACAAAUGGAUAUGACUACUGAAAUGAUGUCAGAUGCGAUAGAUGAUGUUCUUGAUGAUGAUGAAGCUGAGGAUGAAACUGAUGAUCUCACCAACCAGGUGCUAGAUGAGAUUGGUGUGGAUGUGGCUUCACAGUUAUCCUCAGCUCCCAAAGGAAGAAUUGCUGGGAAAAAUACCGAGGAUGCUAGCAGUUCCGGGAUAGAUGAGCUUGAGAAAAGAUUGGCAGCCCUACGAGGUUAAUAUCAAAUAUCACUCCAUUACCAUCAAAUGGAGUGGAGAGUUUCCCGCACCUUUUUUCUGUACAUGUUCCAUCAUAUUCCCAUGUUUUCAUGUUGAUGUUACUCGCAAUUCAUCUUAAAUCAAUGUUUUGUUUUUAUUGUGUUGAAGAUCAAUCCAUUUUAGCUGAGGUUUUGAUGUGUAUAUCGUUACAACCAAAUUGACAAAGAUUUUCAGAACACCGAUUACCAAAAUAUAUUAUGGAAAACAACAAACAACAUAUAUAUUAUCCACGUUUCGUCAUAUCACCUUACAUUAACAUUGCAGUGUAAAACACAAACUCUCAUUUUUACAUAUAAUUAUUAUAGUAAUUUUUUUUUUAGUUUUUAUUUUGUGGCUCUGUUAUUAUUACUUCCUGAUUUGGAGGAACUCGAAGCUUCGAAGAGGAUCUUCACGGCCAGGCUUUGAAGUAGUGGGUUGAGCUCCUCUUUGAGUGGUUGAUAAACGGGACCCACUACUCGAAAUCACUCUGCUCGAUCUGCCAUCUGUCGCUUCAGCUGAAGAACCAGGUCUGCUGCUUAGGUGUUUUGACAAAUUCCCGUUUCGAGAGGACCGCACUUUCUCUGAAUCAGUUUGCUGCUGUUACAUCAAAAAUACCAAAAAUUAGGUCACCUCCCUACCUACAAACAUCAGAGAGAGAGAGAGAGAGAGAGAGAGAGAGACGUUUUCUGAAAUCCUGGUUCUGGAAUGUUCCAGGCGGGUGCCACCUGGCGGAUUUCUUCUGGAGUAUGGUGCGUCACCAUGGAGUCUAUCUUGUCCACCU